AAACGUAACAAAACAUUCAUACCCUUUGUGAAAUGGUGGUGUAACAUGUGUGUCAACCCAAAAUGGCCAUAAGUGUUUUGGUAGUCCUGAGUUUUGACAACUGUAGGCCAUUUUGAGUUGCUUAGGUGUGAUUUGCUUCGAAUCGUUCCCGACACAUUAUUUACCUUGCUCUCUGGGCAAUUAAGGACGAUUUCUUAGUUUCGUAGACGAAUUAUUGAAUGUGUUUAGUGAAUAAUAAAAUCUGCUGCAUCAUAAAAACAUGAUUGAGCUAACUGUGAAGACUUUGGAUUCUCAGAAUCAUUCGUUUUCUGUUGAGGAUGAUAUUACUGUGGCCCAGUUCAAGGAGAAAAUUGCUGAAAAAAUUAACAUUCCAGCUGAUACACAGCGUAUUAUUUAUUGUGGUAGAGUUUUAAAGGAUGAAAUUAAAUUAAGCGAAUAUGAUGUUAAUGGAAAAGUGGUUCAUCUCGUGCAAAGAGCCCCUCCAACAAGCGGUCAAGGCCCGACACGAACUGCAUCACCACAACCACAACGUAGAAAUGUUCGUGGUCUUGAACAUGGGAUGUACGUUGGAUCUAUGGCGUUUCCUACAAAUCUUAUGGAAUCACAAGGAAUUGUUCCACCUCCACCUACUCAUAGCUUGGCUGCGAGUAGAUUAAAUGUUGCUAAAAGGAUGUUUCGACGUGCUGAAGCGGUGUUAAAUUUACUUGAAAAUCCUCAAUUACGAGGUAAUGAGCAACCACCUUCUGAGGAACCCCAAGAGGAAGUAACUCCUGUUUUAGAAGCUCGCGUUAUUGUUCCAACCAAUCCAAUGGAUGAUAUUAUGGCAGCUGUUGAGAGUUCUUUUGCAUUUACUAGACCAGUAAAUGUUACAAAUCAAGGCUCUGGAUUUGCUAGAAAUGAAGGAACCGAUUCCACUUCACAAAAUAGCAUUGAUAUUGAUACUCCACCAAUGCACUCUGCAUCAUCCACACCUGAUGGGGCCUCUCCCAUCUCAACAUCAACAGAAAAUCUUGCCGCGGAAGUUGCUGAAGCCGCAAAUAUUGAAGGAAGCGGGGAAGGUAGUAGUGGAGCUGUUCCUCGCACUUCAGGAGAUCAAGGUGCAUCGGAAAGAGGAGCGGGAUCUUCAACUACUAAUUCAGGAAAUGGAUUAGCAGAAAAUGCUUCUCGAACUACGGAAAUGGCUGAUUUAUUGGAAACUUUAUCGAGACUUCAAUUACGUUUAGCUCCGUUUCUUGAGCAGUAUCAAAACUUUAUGAGGAACGAUCCAACUAUCGCAACUGAAGACGUUAGAAAAACACAAGUCACGAUCAAUCGGGUUUCGGAGGUCCUUCACUUUUUGGGACACGCUUAUCAUUCGCUCAGUGAUAUCAUCGUCAGGGUGCGCACUCCCCCACCUCGUCCGCUUUUGUGUCGGCCGAUACUUAUUCAACAUUCGGCUGUUGUUCAAACUGGUUUUCCCAUACAAGUAGAGGCACAAAUUAAUAUUUCCCAAGACGUACCCCCACCAAAUAAUUCAGGGAAUGUUCAAAACUCAACUAGUAACACGUCAGUGUCCACAAAUACAACGGCAACCCCUAGUUCUACAAGUCCACCAACAAAUUCUGGUCAAUUACCUGAACACAACAUGGGUGGUGCUCCUUUACAUAUUGAACCAAGAAUGAUGGAAUUUCCUUUCCUUCCCGGAUCACUCCGCGUCCAAUCGUUUCCAUUUGAAAUUAGGGAUAUCCGCGGAUUCCAACCUGUUCCUACAAACCCCGCUCAGGCGCCUGCGACUCCAGCUGUUCCUGGAGGGUCAAACGGAACUCCAUCCACAGCAGCAGCAACCUCAAAUAGCAAUACUAACGCGACCACAACCGGAACAAGUAGUACAUCAACCGCUUCAGGGCAACAAAAUGGGGCUUCUAUGCCGGGAUCUCAAUUUAAUAAUCCUAAUUUCGAUUUUUAUAUGGAGGUGACCCCUGAGAGUAUCACAAUUGAUUCAUUGGAAACUACUUUAUUAAGAUCUAAUCAAGCUGGAGAUAUGUUUAGAGGUGCUUUAAAUACAUCACCACCAGAAUUUCUUCAAUCAAUAAUGCAAAUGGCCGGACAAUUAAUAAACCGAUCAAACAAUCAACCAACCAAUAAUAAUAGCGCCCCACCAACAACAGCUUCAACAACAACCCCGCCUUCUUCUUCUGCAUCACCAGCAACCACCACCACACCUGAAUCGUCAACUCAAACAUCAAACAAUCAAAAUGCUACUACUUCUUCAGUAAACGCCCAACCGCCACAAACCGGACAAAAUUCUCAAGCACGAGGGAAUACUCAAACCAAUCCAACCACGGCUACUCACACACGAUCAACGGCUCGUCCUCACGUUCAUUUAGCUCAACACGCCCUUCAAGGGGGAUUUGAUCCUUUCUUACCGUGUAAUUCGCAUCAUGUUCCUACGCGAAGACCACGAAUGCAAGCGAGGAAUGUUGUUGCAAUGGGUGGUAAUCAAAAUAAUAAUACCAGGGCGGAAGGGGGGCCACAAAUGGGGCCCGGAAUUCAAGGAUUGCCACAAUUGAAUCCAAAUCAACUCAGUCCUAUUUACAAUAUCGUACAGGGUAUCGUGAAUUCGUUUAGAACCGCUUAUAGACAACAACAUAGACCCCCACAAACAUCACAACAAUCCGCCCCGCAACAAUCUGCCGCUGCGAAUAAUGCAAAUGGAGGAAAUGGUCAACAAGGGCAAGGACUUCCAGAAGGUGUUCCACCUUUAUUUGCGGUUCCGUUUACUCCACAAUUACAAAAUAUGGUUAAUAAUUUAUCUGAUGUUAGAGCGGCAACACAACGCCAAGGGCCGACAAUUUCGCAGAUUUUACAACAAUUACAACCUGAUUUUGACGAGACGUAUGUUGAGGGCGAAAGUUUGUUUAGCGAUCUGAUUGUUUUAUUUUCAAGAAAUCUAACUGUUGGGGAUAUGAUACAAUUAAAUGUGAACCAUUUAGAACCUUUGAUGAGAAUUCGCGGUAACAUUCGCCGCUUUUUCUUAAAUCGUGUUAUGGAUGGAACUGCAAAUACAGCUUCUAUUGAUCGUGCCGUUAAUAGAUUGGUUAAUGAAAUGCAACCAUUUAUAAAUGACUUGGGUAACUUGCAAGUAAGAAAUAACAUAGAUAUUGUACGUUCGACAACGAUGUUGUUCAGAAACCGAUUGCCAAAUAUAAUUUCUUUGGCAGCAUCGCGUAAUCCGAAUUCAUUACGCCUUUUAGUUGAACAAUGUAAAAUUACGAUAAGACAAUUUUUCGCUCUGAUCGUUUAUGCAAGCGCCAACGGUAUCCCGGGAGUUGAAGAUGUCCUACAAAAUAUGGUGAGGAGACAUAUGCAUGGAAUGUCUCGUGAUUUAGAGAUGUGGAUACGAGAUAAGUUACGAAGAAGUAUAGCUAACCUUGAUAUCCCAGAAAGUGUACUUCAACCAUACAUCGUUAGGCAAAUUGACUCUCUACCUACAACGGGUCUUGGAAAUAAUAUUAACUCAGUGGAAGAGGCUAUGGAUUUAGAUGUACAUGAAGCAAGUGGUUCAUCAACUGAUUUGGCAACAAACGCUAUUAAUCUUCAAGAAGAUGGAGAACCUUUACCACCAGUUGAUAUUGGAUCUGAAGCUUGGCAUGAUCAAGUUCCAGCGGAAUGGGUACCUAUAAUUGUACGUGAUACACAAAGACAACGCAGACAAAACCCUCAACCCGCAUUUAGCGAUGCAUACCUUUCUGGUAUGCCAAGUAAACGACGCAAAAUUGUAACGUCAGCUAAACCACAAGGAAGUCUUCCUCAGGUUAUUCAAGAAAGUGUAAGAAGAGCUGUAACAUCAUCAUCUUUAGAAUCAGUAGCUCCAAUAGAUGUAGUGUCUCAAGCCGCAGCUGCAGAUAUAAACAUUCAAUCAGCGUAUCGCGAAUUAUUGCGUACAAGUGUGCAGUCUACUUUGCAAAACAACGAGGAUUUCACACCAGAACGGUACCCAAAUGCGUCGAACUACUUCAAUAAACCCCAGUAGAAAAAUGUAGUUUCGAUAGCGUCUUGCCUUUAUUUGUAUAUUUUUUAAUUAUUAAAGGCAGUCUUCUGUUAAUUUAACAUUAAUAUAUUAUAUGCAACGGUAUUUAAGAUUGUGUAUAGGAGGAUGUUGUGACGUCAUAUUUAUCGGUAGCGCCGCGAUUUCCACUACAAAAAAAAGUUUGAAUUCGAACACACGCACUUUAGCGUUUAAUAUUGUUAGUGAUCCUUACAGUAGUUUUUAAAAUGUUUCGAUACAAUUUUGGUUUAAAAAAAAAUAUGAGGAAAAUGUUUUUGAAGUUUGGUUGUUGAAUUUUGAUGCCUCGAUACAAAACUGCUAGAAGAAAAUGUCGACUAGUUUGUGUAGCAAAGGGAUUAAAAUUUAAUAUACAAAGACUGUUUUCUCUAGUUCACAUGUUUAUCACUGAAAAAUUUUUAAACGUAACUAUUUGUAAUAUGACUGUAUAGAUAGUUAGAAGUUAAUAAAUAUUUAAUAGAAUUUUA